GCCAGAGGCACGCAGCCGCGCGGGGGCUACGGAGCCCAGAAGCAGCCCUACAAGAUGCACUUAGGACCCCCGCGGCUGGAAGAAUGAGCUUGUCCUUCCUCCUCCUCCUCUUCUUCAGCCACCUGAUCUUCAGCGCCUGGGCUCAAGGGGAGAAGCGCCUCGCCCCCAAAGGGCAACCCGGACCCGCGGCCGCCGACAGGAACCUGGGAGGCUCCAGCAGCAGCAGGAGCGCCGGUAGCACCUCGUCUUCCUCUUCUGCCUCGUCGGCUCCCGCGGCUUCUCUGGGCAGCCAAGGCAGCGGCUUGGAGCAGAGCAGUUUUCAGUGGAGCCCCUCGGGGCGCCGGACCGGCAGCCUGUACUGCAGAGUAGGCAUCGGUUUCCAUCUGCAGAUCUACCCGGAUGGCAAAGUCAAUGGCUCCCACGAAGCCAAUAUGUUAAGUAUUUUGGAAAUAUUUGCUGUGUCUCAGGGGAUUGUAGGAAUACGAGGAGUUUUCAGCAACAAAUUUUUAGCGAUGUCAAAAAAAGGAAAACUCCAUGCAAGUGCCAAGUUUACAGAUGACUGCAAGUUCAGGGAGCGAUUUCAAGAGAACAGCUAUAAUACCUACGCCUCAGCAAUACACAGAACGGAGAGAACAGGGCGGGAGUGGUAUGUGGCCUUGAACAAACGAGGGAAAGCAAAGCGAGGCUGCAGCCCACGGGUCAAACCUCAGCACGUCUCUACCCAUUUUCUACCAAGAUUCAAGCAGUCGGAGCAGCCAGAACUUUCCUUUACUGUUACUGUUCCUGAAAAGAAAAAGCCACCCAACCCCAUCAAGCCAAAGGUUCCCCUUUCUGCACCUCGGAGAAGUCCCAACACAGUGAAAUACAGACUCAAGUUUCGCUUUGGAUGAUCUUCACCUUGGCCUUGUGAGAAACCUUCUUUCCCCUCAGGAGUUCCCAUAGGUGUCUUCAGAGUUCUGAAGGAAGAGUUGUGGACAUAGCCUCGGCUGUCUUUACGAUGUAUUGAAAUCAGGUCAUUUGUUUCAGUUUGACUGAAACAAAAAUGUUUUUGGAUAGGAAUGGAACUGGAAUUCUUUGUUCCAAUACAGGAGCACACUGCAUCAGUUCCGUGAGACAUAAAGCCUUUUGCUUUAUGCUUAGGGGGUAUUUAGAAUUCUGCAUUUUCAGAAAGUCAAAUAGC